AUGGCUGUCGAUGAAGGCAAAGGCAAUCGUAUCUAUUGGGCAGAUCCAAAAUAUCGCAAAAUUGAUUCGGUGAAUCCAGAUGGAUCCGAUCGACAGACGAUUGUCCGCGACAAAAAUACUCCUUACGCUAUUGAUGUCUUCGAAAAUCAUUUGUAUUGGGUGUCUCGUGAAACGAAAACGCUCUACGUACAAGAUAAAUUCGGACGAGGACGAGUAUCCGUGCUUGCUUCAGAUCUAGAAGAUGUUCAUGCUGUUAGAGUUAGUCAGAGGUAUGCCCGAGAUUCGACCAGGGCGAAGAGUUCGUGUGCCGAGGCUCGAUGUAGCCACAUCUGCGUCCAAUUGCCAAAUGACGGAUUCGCCUGCCUCUGCCCAGAUAAUGUCUUCCCUGGAACAGAUGGUUCAUGCGGAUCAGCUCGAGUGGAUGCCCUGAUUAUGCCCAAGCAAUGUACUUGCACUAAUGGUGGCAAAUGCAAGCUCGAUGGCACAUGUGAAUGCCCGCCUGAUUUUGAAGGAGAGAAUUGUGAGAAGUCGAGCACUGUAAGCAGAAAGCUGAUUGGACGCCUUUCGGAGAAUCUGCUGUUGGCUUUGUUCCUUUUACUGGUAUUGUUCGCUUGCGUUGGUUUAGUUGGAUUUGUCGGUGUCAACUUGUACAGAAAACGAGCCCUUCUAUCGAAAAAGAAUGAAGCUGCUGACAGUAGCGUCUCAUUCCAUGGCAAUGUCAUAUCAUUCAGCAAUCCAGCUCUAGAUAGUAAACAGGACCCUAACCCCAUCGAAUACAGUAUGCAACAGAUUGCAGCAGCUGAAGCU